AAUCACUUUUGAUGCCGUUGAUGCGGUCCACAUUUCAAAAUAAAAUAAAAUAAAAAGUUUAUAGGUAUAUUUUUAAUUUGUUAAAAAAAAAACAUAAAAAAAUGUUUUUCUUUGUGAUUUAAUAAUUGAAAGUAUUUAAAUCUAUAUUAUUUUACACAUUAUUCGCCAACGUGUUGUUUUCAUUUCUGCUUUUCUUGCGUCGUAUAUUUGCGACAUUGCCGGUUGGUGUUGUGUCGUUUCACUUUACGACAGUUGUGACAAACCAGAAGUGUGAAGUCAACAGCAGCUGCGGAGUUCUUAGAGAAGAAGACUGGUGGUGUUUUAACCUGGAGACAAACAGAACCCCGACAUGCCCUGAGACAGGAGAGCUCACCUGAGGGACCGGACCGGAACCACGAUGAUAGAAACUAACGUUACUACAGGUUCCGACAGCUUCCGUCCGCAGCGCUAGCUCCGGAGCUAAGCUAAGUUAGCCAGAAGCUAGCGGGGCCAGUUUGUCAGCUUGGGUCCCGGGACCAUGUUCAGAGUGUGACAGCCUGAAAAGUUCACCCUGACCCCCCGGGGCAGACUCUGGACGCGGACUCUAGGCGGGCUCUGAACAGGAUGUGGCUCCAGCAGCGGCUGAAGGGGCUCCCGGGCUUGUUGUCCAGCAGCUGGGCCAGGCGGAUCCUGAUCGGGCUCCUGGUCUUCCUCAUCUUCUACUGGUACUUGGGAGCGGAGCGCAGGUGGAGGCUGUUCGGCGGCUCGGCCAUGCCCGGCGGGGCGGCCGGACAGUGCCUGCUGGCUGAGAUCCACAGGUGGAGGUCGCUGGUGGACCGAGGAGAGGGGAUCUACAGCACGCCCCAGGAGCAGGUGGACUCCCCGUUCGUCUCGGGGAACGGACACAUUCUAAUCGACAUUGACGCGAACAAACUGUGGGUGGCGUCCUCCUCGCAGCCCGGGUCGGCUCCGGUCCACCAGACUGAAUACUCUCCGAGGGUCGGAGUCCACCUGGAGGGGAAGCGAGUCGAGGCUCAGGCUGCCAUGUUGUGGUUCAGGAAGGGGGCCGUGCUGUCGGUUCGCUGCGCCUCCCCUGCAGGUCUGCAGUCCACCCGGGACUGUGUCACCAUCAGAGAGGAGUUCAUCGCUCACAGGAGCAGACCCAACGUGUACCUGCAGCGGGUCCACAUCAACAACCCGUCCGACAGGCCCGCCUCCCUGGACAUCUCCUCUGACAACCUGUCCUUCGGCAGCAAGUUCUCCACCAGCGUGGAGAAGCUGGAGGACCGGGACGUGGUUCUGUGCUCCGGCAGGGUCCCUGUGGAGAAUAACCGCAUGGUGCUGGUGGUGGUGGUCACCAAGAAGCUGGGCAGCAGGAUCCAGGUCCCUGCUAAGUCAGAGCACACAGACCACAUCCUGUCCGUGGUGUGGACCUCGGAGCCCAUCGAGUCCUCCAAGCUGGAGGAGACUUUCAGCAGCCUCAGAGACGGAGCCAAGAAGGAGCUGGGGGAGCUGCUGAGGGCCAGCGUGGACGAGCUGGUGGCGGAUCACCAGAAGGCCUGGAUGGACCUCUUCAUUUCAGGUGUAGAAAUGAGGAAGAUCACGGACUCCCACACACCGUCUAGCCGCACGGUGAACACCACCCUCUACUACAUCUUGUCCUCCUUCGCGGCGCCCCUGCUGGAUCGGAGGCUGAGCGGCGAGGAGCGCGCCCGUCUCGAGUCCAGCCUCAACUACGCUGACCACUGCUUCAGCGGCCACGCCACCAUGCACGCAGAGAACCUGUGGCCCGAGCGGGUGAGCAGCGCCGCUCAGAUCCUGCAGCUGGUCACACUGUGGACCCUGACCCUGCAGAAGAGAGGCUGCAAGGUGCUGGUGGCGGCCGGGGCCCAUGGGGCCAUGCAGGGCAUGGUGCUAAGCUUCGGCGGCCUUCAGUUCACAGAGAACCACCUGCAGUUCCAGGCCGACCCGGACGUGCUACACAACAGCUACGCCCUGAGAGGGAUCCACUACAACCAGGACCUCCUAAGCCUGGCGGUGCUGCUGGACGCAGAGGGGAAGCCUUUCCUGCACGUGUCGGUGAAGCCACAGGAGACGCCGGUGAAGCUGUACGCCUGCGAGGCCGGCUGCCUCAACGAGCCUGUGGAGCUGACGUCGGAGGUCAAAGGUCACACCUUCCCUGUGAUGGUGACGCAGCCCAUCACACCGCUGCUGUACAUCUCCACAGACCUGCGCCACCUGCAGGACCUCCGCCACACCCUGCACCUCAAGGCCAUCCUGGCCCACGAGGAGCACAUGGCCAACAGGUACCCGGGCCUGCCCUUCCUGUUCUGGUUCAGCGUGGCCUCGCUCAUAACGCUCUUCCACCUUUUCCUCUUCAAGCUCAUAUACAACGAGUACUGUGGCCCCGGCGCUAAGCCCCUCUUCAGGAGCAAGGUCUCCAGCAAAGGUGAAGAUGACUGCAGUGACACAAGGAGCGCUGCUUGAACACUGCGGUGCUGUGCACAUGUUCCACAUGUGGUUCUGCUUGAGCUUUGGCAGCAUGGGAGACAUUAACUUGUGUGCUGGUGCUGACGUCUGCUGUCCCUCAGGUCUGCUGUGAGAGGACUUUAAAACCAAACAGGGCAGUUAUUGAUUCAUCGAUUGGUCUGUGGAACAUCAUGAGAAUGUCUCACAGCCCAGGUUUGCAGGUUUAAAUGUUUUGUCCGAUCAGAAGAUGUUCAGCAAAUGUUUUGAAUUUUAACUUAGAAAAUUGCAUUAAUAAUUAAUAUAUUAUUUAAAUUGUUGCAGAUUAAUUUGUGUGUAACCUCUGAACAGCCACAUUUUAUUUGCACGCGCUCUGAUCUCACUGGAAACUGCAGUUUCUCACAUGCACACAACAUGCAGACUCAAGUGAUGUUUUCCAGUUGAAGCCCCUCAGACUAUUUUAAAAGAGAACUGACAUCAUCAUCUCCAGUGACACGAGACAGAAUCCAAGUCACACAUUCUUCUAACUCGUCUUGUCGCCUACAUUACCCACAAUGCAACCCUUCCUCUUGACAUUUGUGUGGUAGAUUCAGGUGUGUUGUACAUGUAGCAGCUACAAAUGUCUGAGCUCACUUCUUUUAGACUGCACACAGUUUCACACUCAUAGUUUUCAAUUGACGCUGACUCAGGUGACAUCACCUGAGUACAUUUAUGAGACAUCUCCCUCUGAGACCCUGAAUGUCUCAUUCUACUUUAAAACAUGCAACUCCCCAACACCUGGAGACACCUGCUGAGGAGGAAGACGGAUGGCUUUUCCCUUCAACUAACAACCUACCAGAUAAACAUCCAGGUUAUGUUAAGGGACCCCAAAUUCACAAUAACUGAAAGUCAUCUGCAAAAUAUUUAAAUCUCCAAAACGUAAAGAGGUAUGGUGUUAAUUCAGUUACCUGACAAAAGUAGAAUUGGUAGCAUUGAAAGAUGAGUUUAGCAGUUAAUGCUGAUCAUCUUAGUUUAACAUUUGCAUUUACAGAAGUCAUCUGACCACCAAAUCAUCAGGUGGAUUUUCCAGUCAUGUUUCUUCAGAACCAGAUCCAGAGGUGCUUUUAGGCAUUUCGUGUUUCUGUUCUCUGAACCCGUCUCACAAUUGUCGGCCACAUCACGUCCAAGUUCACAUUCUCCUGCUGCUUCACUCGUCAAUAAAAGUCCCAUUAAGAAUCCGUGUAACCCUCAGCUGCGGUGACCAGUGUUUAAAAGUACGCGUUAUUCCAACUUUGGUUUCCUUACAUCUGCCCACCGGGUUUUUACAUCGUACACACCAAAGCCUGGCGACUGUCAGCUCCGGGAUCAGUGGUGAGUACGGUGUUAUCGUAACCGAAGGACGGAGCUACUGGGGCCACGCCCCCAUUGGUGAUGUCACAGCACACCUGUACCCAUGACAUCAUAUUGAAACAGCUGCUGUGAUGUCACUGAAGUCACCAGGUGCAAAUUUGAAUGUUUUUAAGGUUGGGCUUCACUAAGCUGUUGGUGAACGCAUCAGCAGACUGAAGGUAAAGGACUGCUGCUGCUGCUGCUGACGGCGGCGGCCAUGUCUGGAUUCUGACUGGAAGUUCAUUUGAUUAUUUAACAACAGAUAUGAGCGUGUCAUGUCAGACUAUAUAAUUUACAUGCUUUAUUUCAUGUGAACCACCGAGUGUGCCUUAAUUUAUUGAUCUCACGGCUGUAAUCUGAUUGUAACUGAUCUUCUUUUGGGGAGUAAGUGAUUGUGAGAAAGUGUAUAAUCGUGUUGUGGAUAAUUAGCUGUGUGUUUCUGGGUUUUUAGAGCAGCAGUUUGUUUUUGUCAUGUCAGCGUUUGGAGUCUGCUGUAUCACUGGAAUUAUUACUUUCUAAUCAAUAAAAAAAAUCAAUUUAAAGCUGCAA